AACUUUAACCUCAAUAUGGCCGCCUCCUUCAGCUGUCAUGUUGCACAUUUCCAAAUGUUAGGGAACUAUUUGAAAUAUAAUGAAUUCGUUUCGUUUCUGAAUGCCUGAUCUGUGCGUUUACUUGCUAGAUGAAGCUAAAAGUCCUUUUACAUGGCGUACAUCUGUUUAAGUGAUUUGUGCCUGCACUGUCUCUACAUCAGUUAGCAAAAGGAGCACCUCGCAGCUCUCUAGUUUACUAUCGAUGACAGCGAACUGGUUAGCUACUUGAACAGACGUGAAAGUUUACCCUGAGAAUCUUUCUGGUGUAUCCAAUAUGUCUCUGUCCCUAAUAUGUGCUCAGGACUAUAUGCUCCCUUUCGCAAGACGUCUUUUUGAUUUGAGGACAUGCAAGAUAAUACGAAAUAAACGAAGAUACACCACGGCCUGCACUGUGAUCAGACAUAGAUGGAUGAGAAGUGCGCCUGCCAUGUAUACGUACAGCUCCCGACAGUGUAGCUCUAAAAGCAAUAAGGAGAAUAUUGAUACAUCCAAGUUUCCUGUGGAGAAGAUCAGGAAUUUUAGCAUCAUUGCUCACAUUGACCAUGGGAAGAGCACAUUAGCAGAUAGACUUCUGGAAAUAACUGGAGCCAUAGCCAAGACUGAACGGAACAAGCAGGUCCUGGACAAACUGCAGGUGGAGAGAGAGAGGGGGAUCACAGUGAAGGCCCAGACAGCCUCCCUUCUCUACACUCAGGAAGGCAACACAUACCUACUCAACCUCAUCGACACACCUGGGCACGUCGACUUCAGUUACGAGGUGUCCAGAUCCAUUUCAGCGUGCCAAGGAGUUCUUCUCAUUGUUGAUGCAAACCAGGGGAUUCAAGCACAGACUGUGGCUAACUUCUACUUGGCAUUUGAAGCUCAGCUGACUAUCAUACCAGUGAUUAACAAGAUUGAUCUGAAAAAUGCUGACCCAGAACGGGUUGAAAAACAGAUAGAAAAGGUGUUUGAUAUCCCAAGAGAAGAUUGCAUAAGGAUAUCUGCCAAAUUUGGCACAAACGUCGAUCGAGUCCUUGAGGAAGUUGUCAGAAGAAUCCCUCCGCCCGUUGCCAGCAAAGAUGACCCAUUCAAAGCACUGGUGUUUGACUCCAACUUCGAUCACUACCGAGGAGUGGUGGCCAACAUCGCGCUCCUUGGGGGGCAGGUUCGUAAGGGGGACCGUAUCGUGUCGGCUCACCAGGGCAAGACCUACGAGGUGAACGAGCUGGGCAUUUUGCGGCCAGAGGAACACCCCACAGACAGAUUGUACGCGGGACAGGUGGGCUACGUGAUCGCAGGGAUGAAGGACGUGAAGGAGGCGCAAAUCGGGGACACGCUCUUCCACCACAAACACCCUGUGGAGGCGCUGCCGGGGUUUAAACCUGCCAAGGCCAUGGUGUUCGCCGGGAUGUUCCCAAUGGACCAGUCGGACUACAGCACCCUCCGCAGCGCAGUGGAGAAGCUGACCCUGAAUGACUCCAGUGUGACAGUGCAGAGGGACAGUAGCCCUGCCUUGGGGGCUGGCUGGAGGUUGGGCUUCCUGGGUCUCCUUCACAUGGAGGUGUUCAAUCAGCGCUUGGAGCAGGAGUACAACGCCUCGGUCAUCGUCACGGCGCCGACCGUGCCCUACAAGGCCGUCCUUUCCUCUGCCAAACUCAUCAAGGAGCAUGGGGAGAAAGAGAUCACGAUCAUUAACCCCGCCCAUUUUCCAGACAAGUCUCAGGUGGCUAACUACCUGGAGCCAAUGGUCAUGGGCACCAUUAUCGCCCCUGACGACCACAUCGGGAAGAUCAUGGCCCUGUGCCUGAACCGCAGGGCAGUGCAGAAGAACAUGGUCUACAUUGAUGACCACAGAGUGAUGAUGAAAUACCUCUUCCCCCUGAAUGAAAUUGUGGUCGACUUCUACGACCACCUCAAGUCACUGUCCUCAGGAUACGCCAGCUUUGACUAUGAAGACGCGGGCUACCAUCCAGCCGAGCUGGUGAAGAUGGACAUCUUGUUGAACGGCAACCCAGUGGAGGAGCUCAGUGCAAUCGUGCAUAAGGAGAAGGCCUACGUUAUGGGCAAAGCACUGUGUGAGCGGCUAAAGGACUCCAUACCAAGGCAGCUGUUUGAGAUUGCUGUUCAGGCAGCUAUAGGCAGCAAAGUCAUCGCAAGAGAAACGAUCAAAGCUUACAGAAAAAAUGUACUGGCAAAAUGUUACGGAGGGGACAUAACUCGUAAAAUGAAACUACUGAAGCGACAAGCAGAGGGCAAGAAGAAGAUGCGGCGAAUCGGAAACGUGGAAGUCCCCAAGGAUACCUUCAUCAACGUUUUAAAACACAAGGAAAAAUAGCAAGGGGCAUCGCAAUGACAGGUCUUGCCCUGUGCAAUUCUGGAGUGGGAAAUAAUUCACCAGUUGCUCGUGCUGAAAUGAUGAAGAGAAUAUUGAUAUUUAGACCAAGUCUAGUUCUAAUAAUCUACAUACACUUUUGAUUGUAUUCUUGUAAAUAAAAUUUACUACAUA